AUGGGGAUCCCUCAUCUUCUCAAUCAUCUUUCCCCUUAUGGGGUAUUUGGUGCUCUCGACGGCGACAGAGUUGUCAUUGACGGCCCUGCAUUAGCAUACCACAUCUACCAUCUCUGCACAAGAAGCACGUCUGGUCUGCCAUCUUACGAUUUACUCGGAAGGACCGCACUUGCAUGGUUAGAAGAGGUUGAUAGUCACGAUAUCUGCAUUGCCGCCAUCUAUUUCGACGGUUUCCUCCCGGCAUCCAAGGCCGAGGUGCGUCUGGAGCGGAUAUUCAAAGUUUCCUCGUCUCUCAAAAUAUUCCGCUCAGGGUUUCCCAACGGAUGCCCGGCAAAGCAAAUCGCAUCAACACGUCUCUCGGUACCACCUCUAUUCCCGACCGACGCGCCCAAGCGAGACCAACCCCUUAUCCCACCACCAGCGUUUCUCGUCGCGGCUGUCGUCGACAAGCUGGAAUCGACCGAAAAGUAUGCUGCUCUCGUUCGCCUGGUGCCCGGCGAAGCGGACGCCUAUUGCGCUGAAGACGUCUUACGCAAUGGAGGAACCAUACUGACGUCGGAUUCCGAUCUGACUGUCCACGAUUUGAAGACGGGUUCCGUAGCCUUCUUCAGAGACCUUCAUGUCGGCACCGCCGACGGCAAAAACGCCCUCAUGGGCCCCAAGUUCUCGCCGUCGGAGAUUGCCAAGCGCUUGCAGCUGCCUGAGGACCAAGACAUGCGAAGGUUCGCGUACGAGCUAUCCAAGUCGACCAGGCCCAAGUUUGCGCAAGUCCUCGAAAACUGCAAGGGGGACGUUUCGGACCCGGAAGAGUUUCGAAACUUUUGCGCGCCGUAUGAGGCGCUGGAGACCACCGAUUGGAGUGCCGUACCGGUGCUCGGCGGCCUCGACAAACCCUACCUCGAUGCGAGGCUAUCAGAGGUCGUCUUGCAGUGCGUGGGGUACUCGGGGGUCGCGAAGCCGCCCACGGGCGAAUCCGGCGCUGAGGGCUGCAUGAUGUGCCUGCCGCCCCUCCUGGACUGCCCAGCCCGCGCAAGCGCGUGGGAUACCAGCGCCUCCGUGAGACAGCUGGCGUAUAGCCUCACGUGUCUGCUGCGCCCGGGAGCCGUCUCUCACGUUAGGGAAUACCGGAGAAUGUCUUCUGGUGUGAAUCAGGGCAAGUACGUAGCGAUGCUACCCCGACCUUGGAUCAAGGACUCGAUGGAUUCACUUCUCAAAACCUUGGCCAAAGCAAAAAGCAGCAUAGGUCAGAAGGGCUCGGCCUGGCAGGCGUUGAGCUUGCAGCUCAUACUCGCCCAUGCGCAGGAAGAAGACAAGCAGGACGCGUGUCUGACAUCUAUCAAGCUGGGCCAGUCGGUGGCGGCGGACUCAAAUCUUGUACCGUGGGAUGUCGUCCAUCUGUCAGCCCAGGUGCACGCGACGCUCUACUCUCUCCGUAUCUUGGCCCAGGUCCUAGACCUCAUGUACGAGAUCAGGGCCAAAGACCCGAUCCAAGGCUCGAAACAAUUACGCGAAAUGCUGUCUACAUUGCCUCCUCUCACCGAAUAUCCAUCAGUCGAUGGGACGAUGCGCCUUCUUACCAUCAUGAAAGGUAGCGGUGCGCUAGGCAAGGUCGCCUCAGCACUGGGUAUACCUGAAGACCUUCUUUUACCAUCAAAAGAAGCCAAAAAUCAAAAGAAGAAACGGAGGAAGCGAGACGAGGCGGAGCCUCAGAUGAGGCCCGAGAAGAAGAUGUCUUCAAAUCCUUUUGAUAUCCUGGGGAGCGAAUAG